CAAAAGGCCACAUUCUUGACUUUCAACCUAACAUCGAAAAAUAAGAGUUUUGUCUCGUUUCAACCACUUUUCAACGGUACUAUGAAGACUAAAGUGAUGCUAGCAUUCUCACUGUUGCUGCUGCUUGUAGCAAAAGGAACUGAGGGUCAAACUUAUGGCAGGGCCACAUUCAACAUACGUGGGAUUACCGGUUACAUCACAUUCAUGCCUCAACCUAACAACCGCAUGAUGAUAAUGUCUAAUAUCAGUGGGACUAAUGCCAAUCACCACUGGCAUGUUCACCUCUUACCAGUUGACGGCUCCCUUCCGCCUGCAAUGAGAUGCAGUAACGACCUUAUAGGAGGACAUUUUGAUCCACUUGGAGCCGUUGUGUCCCUAGGGAGCAACUAUAGUAUGUACUGUAACCCUAACAACCAGAGUGCUUGUGAAGUUGGAGACCUUUCUGGAAAAGUAGGACCUCUUACGAGUGGCGUGCGGAAUUAUAAUGAAACCACAGGGGAGUUAGUUCUCUUUGGAGUAAAUGGCAUCAUUGGACGUUCCAUUAAAAUCCAUGGAACGGAAGACGUUUGUGCUACAAUAGUCUCCAGUACUGAGUUGAAUGGGAGCCCUACCAUUACUAUGCUAAAAGCUGCUUUCAUUUAUCCAGUUGGUGGGGUGGUGUACAUGAGGCAAGUCAUGGGAGAGAGUGCUGUUAUUUUUGGCAAGUUAUACUGGGUCAAUAACUCAAGCUCAACCAUGAAUCACCCAUGGAGUAUUCGGAUGAAUAAGCCCAGCCAAUACUACAGAGAAGGCAACUGCAAUAAUCUUGGCAGCGUUGUUUCUGAUCUUGGUAGUAGACAUAGGACUAUAUCUAUAUCCAAUGCACCACAACCAUACUAUGCUUGGUCAUUUUUCUUUCAAGAUCCCACUCUUAAUCUCACUGACCCAGCUAAUGGCGGCUCACUUGUCAUUAAUUUUAAUUCAAGCAAUAACGUACUCGCUUGUGCUCCUCUCGUUCAAGUUGAGACUUUAAGUGUGGCGGCAAUCAACCGAUUCACCGCCUCCCAGUCCUCACGCUUUGCUUCAACUCUAGUCACCACUGGAUACUCUCCAUCUGGUCUUAGAGUCUUCAGCUCGGCCAUUGCUCCUAAUUCGCUCUGUAAGAAUGAGUUUUCUGCUGGUCGCCCUCGUAUCUAUAAUCCACACUCUGCUCCACCACUUGAUGGAUCUGAAGGUACUCCUGAUCGCUAUCCGGUAGGUAAUUUCUCCAUCAAGUACAGGAGGUUUAGUCCAAGUGGUAGUCGAGUCACAGAGCUACCAAUCCAUGGCCACGAGACUAUAUCAGGUCAUUCACUUGGCUCCAUGAGAAUGGGCUCCUCUGGCAUGACGCACUCUUGCUCAUCACUCUGGCCUCAGUAUCCUUCUGGGGCUGAAGUCAGGAUGGCUAAGGCUACAUUCAAUAGCACAGUAACUGGAGCAAUCUACUUUAUACAACGCCGUUUUGGAGAUGGAGUGCUUGGAAUGACUCACAUAAUGGUGGACAUAUGGUAUACCAAUCCCUCAACGGCACAAACCUCUGGACAUAAAUGGCACAUCCAUGAGAGGCCUCCACAGGAAGGAGUGAGAUGUGUUGAUGCCAUUGGGGGACACUUCAAUCCAUUCAAUGUUGACUUAAACAACAAUUAUAGCACAGAGUGUACGCCUUUUGCUCCUCUCCGUUGUGAGAGCGGUGAUCUAAGUGGCAAGCAUCCAAAGUUGAGCAUCAGUGCUGCAUCUCCCACUCGCCCUACGUACACGUAUGUAGAUAAUAAUCUUCACUUGUGGGGACCUGCUAACUACUCAAUUAUUGGUCGCUCAAUCGGACUUCACUCUACUGCUGGCCCUCUCUUUGACUGUGGCCCCAUUACAGAAAUUGUCUUCUCUUCUCGUAACAGGACCAUUAUGUUUUCUUAUGAUGCAAACUUUGACAGGACUACCUUUGCUACUCAGCUUACAAGAAAUGCAAGAACCGCAUCUCCAAGUGACGUAUUGAUAUUAGACCAAGAGAUGACUACUGAUUCUAGUGGUAAUACUGGCUGCGUUAGUGCUACUGUUCGCACUGUUGGAGGAUCAACUGAAGAUGCAGAUGACAUGCUAAACUCACUUGAGAUUCCUGACAGUGCUGGCUGCACUUCAAGCCCACCUUCUUCAUCUGCUUUGAUGCUUCCGUCUCUCUUCCUCAUUCUCUUUAGUGUCUUGCUAGUGAUUGCUGGUGCUAUUUAAAAAGCUAUGGAUGUGACACUGUGGCAUGUAGUUAUGUGUAUGCUUGCUAAUACAUUGACUUUAAUAUUUUGCUAAAAUUUGUUGUAGCUCUAAAUUUUUUCUAAUAGUUGAUGAUAAGUGAGAGUAA